UCUCUUCUCUCUCUCUCUCUUGCUCGCUCGCUCCCUCGCUUCAACCAUUAUACCGCCACCACCACCACCACCGCCGCCGCCACCACCGCCGCCACCUUCCUCCUCUUCCAAAGAAGAGCUCGCUCCCUCCCUCCCUCCCUCCUGUCAAAACGAUACCAGCCAUAAUGGGAAAGGUGGAGAGAGGGAGAGGGAUGGAAGUGAAUAAAAACAAAAGGUGGUAGAUGCAUGAGCAACGACACCCCUCCCCCCUCCCUGUCUCUCUCUCUCUAUCCCCCUCUCUCUCUCUAUACCUCCUUCUCUCACUAGCCAUCUUUCCUUCUUCUCCAAUCUUUCCCUCCGCCAGCUCGUCCCGGAUUCCACGACCAACCCCUCUCGAUUGCCCCUCGGUCUCCCUCCGGGUCCUCCAGUCAAGUCGCCACCUUUAUCUUUCUCCCGGGUCAUUUGUGCUUGGAAGAUAGCUUGAGUUGAGCCACAUUACUCCAGCUUGCAACUCAUUCAGUCCUCACUGGUGAUAAAUUUCCGAACCAAGGACUUCUGCAGAUCAUCUGUCUUGAUCAUCCUGUUCUUGUUAAGUGUGAUUGGCGGAGGGCACAUAUUGUGUGCCCAUAUUCUUUUGGUGUGGCAUACGGCGUCAACUCUUGGUUCUGGGAUUUGUCGGUUGAGUACUUGUUCACGUGUCGCCUGACUUGUUUGUUGGCAAUGAUGUGAUGCAUAUCCAGAUUGAAGAACCAGACCAUCGUGCACAGAGACGAGAUUCCGAAUAACCAUGGUGAGCUUAAGAAGGCGCAAGCUUUUAGGACUCUGCUCAGGGAAAGCUUCUUUCUUGGCUCCACUUCCCAAGUCAUCCGAUGGACAUGCAAAUGAUACUCCUAACCAAAACGCAAAACUUGUGACAGUGCAUCCCUUGCCUCUGGAUGAUGUCAAACCGCCAGAAGAAAAAAUACUUGCAAAAUUAGGAUCCAUGUCUUCCAAUAUUUCUGGUUCUAGCUCUUCAAAGGAGCCACAUAAUCAAGACUUUUCAGGACAAGCAAUCAAAAGGAGAAAGCGGCACAGGAGAAAACAUCAUCACAACCAAGAACCUUGUCUCAUGAGAGGUGUGUACUUUAAGAAUAUGAAAUGGCAAGCUGCAAUAAAAGUUGAUAAGAAACAGAUUCACUUGGGCACUGUCAGUUGCCAAGAAGACGCCGCUCGUCUUUAUGACAGGGCUGCUUUCAUGUGUGGCAGAGAACCGAACUUUGAGCUCUCAGAGGAGGAAAAACAAGAGCUCGCGAAACUGAGCUGGGAUGAGUUCCUGGCAAGGACACGCCAUGCUAUUACCAAUAAGAAACACAAGAGAAGGGUUGGGGCAGGAUCGGAGAAAAAAUCCGAGCCCGAACCGGAGAAUGGUGAUUGGGAUGGCGAAGAAGCCAAUAGCCUGUCGGGUUCAGAAGAGGUGGAGCCAGACACCUCAGUCUCCUGAAAGUUUAAUUUGAAACGAGGCUGAACGAUCAGUUUUAAUGGUCUAGCUCAAGCCGGUCGGCAUUGGACUUUUUUCCCCCUUUUUUUGGUCAUUAAAGGCCCCUAUUAGGGCAUUAAUAUCUUAGAUUCUAAUUACUCCUAGCGAGCUAAUUCUUAUAGCUUGAAGAGAAAUAAGUUGUAAUGUCAGAUAUGUCGCCCCUGCCGAUCAACCUACAUAUAUAUAAUUGCAGCGAGAACUAAAAAAAAUGUUAAUCUCGCCUUUCCUGAAGGAAAAAGUUCGGAA